GAUUGGGUGGCUGGGGGUGGAUCGAUGGUUUGGGCGCGUCGCCGUGUGGCGGCGGCUGUGGUACGAGCUCUGAGGUGAAAAUGUCGGGGCGCCAGGCCCCUGAAGGCAAAAAGUUGAUUCGCUCCCCUAGUGGGCUCCGAAUGGUCCCCGAAAACCGGGCUGCGCAGAGCCCCUUCGGAUUGGAAGAGCCGCCGUGGGUGCCGGAUAAGGAGUGUCCUAGAUGUAUGCAGUGCAAUACAAAGUUCGACUUCAUAACCAGAAAGCAUCAUUGCAGGAGAUGUGGAAAGUGCUUUUGUGAUAAAUGCUGCAGCAAGAAAGUGCCUCUGCCUCGUAUGUACUUCGUUGAUCCUGUACGCCAGUGUGCUGAAUGUGCUCUCAUUUCUCAGAAAGAAAUGGAGUUCUAUGACAGGCAACUCAAAGUGCUUAUGAAUGGUGCUACAUUCUUCGUAACUCCAGGGACAUCAGAAAAAACAGAAAUGAUGGUUUGUCGACUUUCCAACAACCAGAGGUAUCUAUUUUUGGAUGGAGAAAGCCAUUAUGAAAUAGAAAUUUCACAUAUCUCCACGGUCCAAAUUCUUACUGAAGGAUUUACUCCUGGAGGAGGCAAUACUCGUGCCACAGGUAUGCUGCUUCAGUACAAAGUACCAGGAUCAGAUGAAUUCAAACAGAUUAAAUUUACUGGUGGUGAAGAUUUCAGUUCCAAUAAAAAGCUAUCAGCUACCUGGCUAGCAGCAAUGCAUAAGGCAGCAAAACUUCUUUAUGAAUCUCGGGAUCAAUAGGUAGUUUUUUGGAACCGAGGGGAAAAGAUCAACUCUAAAAAUAAGCUUCUUACUACUUGCUAUUUACACAUGGUAUAGGGAUUCUCCCUUCCUCCUUUCCUACAUUAAAUGUGGUUCAUCAUGUGAGCACUGGCCAAUUAUAAUGUGAGUAUUUGGACCUAUAAGUAUUCACUUAUUUAGUGUGCAAUAUGUAUACAGUUUAUUAAUGCUUUAAAUAGAGCUCUGCAUCUAUGACUUUAUUUUGUUAAAUCUUAUCUGCACUUAAUAUGUAAAAUGAAGUGUGACUGCACUAUUGCUAAAUAUAUAGCACAAUUUUUAUAAUGCAAAUUAUGUAAUUCACUUAAAACCAAUCCUCAUUGUUCCAGAAAAAAGUUCUUCAGAAAUGUAGAUCUCAGGUUUUCCCCCCAUAUAUCCGAAUGAUCUAUCAAAUCCGUCUUAGGUAUUAUUUUAUAUAGAAUCAUCAUUUUUUCUGGUGAGGGGUUUGUAUCAUGAGAUUAAAGCUUUUGUUGUUGUUGUAAAAUUAAGAUUUACCAAAUACUACAAAUAGUGCUGUGUAAAUUGGCCUUUUUGAAUGAAACUGUCAGCAAAAUUGUUUUUCAGGUUUUAUGGACAUGUUUGUGAUAAUUUGAGAUUUGGCUAAUAAAAUCUUAUCAAAUACUA